AUGAACGCCAACGAGUACCACGUCAUCCAUGCUGUUCAGUGCCUCCGCGCGGGCCGACACGUCUUCAUCGAGAAAUCAAUGGCGUGGAAUCUCGCAGGCGCUGACGAGGUCAUUGCGGCGGAGCGCGCGUCGGGCAAGACUGUCUUUGUGGGCUAUAUGCGACGAUACGCGACUGCCUUCCUGCGUGUCAUGGAGAUGGUUCAGGCCCUUCCGCCCAAGGGGAUAGCUUUUGGUGAGUUGAGGCGAGAUGGGGCUGGUACACUCCGUGUGCGAGACAUGAUUGGCUCCAAUGCGCUGUUUACUGAUCAAGGCGGAUGGUUCCCUGAGCGCUUCACCGACUUUCCGGUCGACGCGAACGCCGAGCGACAGCGGCUGUCGAUGCAGCAGUAUAAGGAGGCGCUGGGGGCCAAGGCGGACGAGCCCGGCUCGCAGCGGACAUGGAUACUACUGAAUCUGUUGGCGUCGCAUGACCUCUCGGCGAUGCGCGAGCUGCUUGGAAUGCCAGAGAAAGUCCUGCACGCUUGGAAGAGUCCCAGUUGGCCAUUCAUGACUGUCACCUUUCAAUAUGAAGGAUUUGUAGCGCACUACGAAGUCGGGAUUGAUAAUGUCCGGGUGUUUGACGCGCACAUCGAGGUGUACGCAAGAGACAAGCGGAUUAAGCUUACAUACGAUACUCCGUACAUCAAAGGCCUCCCGGUCACCGCCACCAUUCUCAGCAGCAGGGAGAAUGGGGACCACUCAGAGGAGAUCAUACGACCCACGUACGAGGACGCCUACACGCUCGAGUAG